AUGAUAAGCCAGGCAACCGUAGUUGCUGAGGUUCAACACGUCUUUGUAGGGCCGUCCCACGGUGAUACAGAGAGUCCGUUUUCGAAACUAUAUUAUGCUCUCCUUCCGCAUGGUUCCGGCGUUUCCGGGACUGGCAGUGCCAACGGGGAGCGAGCUCCAAAGAGGCGGAAACUUCAGAAUUCUACCAGAUAUGAUACUGCACUCCAGACUUUUGAUGACUCUAAGAGUGUCGUUUUGGCCAGACUUGUUCUGCAGCUGCACCCUUCCGUUGGCGAUGUAGGGAAACAUGUACCGCCGGAUGGCGCUCAGAUACCCGAAACUCCCUUGGAAGUGACUCUUGACUCUUUCGCCUGUACCCUCCCGGAGGAGCCUGAUCAGCGGGAGUCUUCGGACCCCUCCGCUACUCACUUCAGGGUGUCCUUUCGCGGAAUUGAUGUCGAGGCGACCACCACUCAAGACGCCUUGGACUCGCUAGACUCACACUUCAAGACAGUCGUGAAUCUUGGUGGCCGACGGCCCCGGUCCGGAGUAGCGUUCAGCCGUUGCCUACUCUCACCCCCGUCAUGGGGUAGGUCAUAUUUUACUCUGACGACCGAAACUCGCUGGAUGCUGGAUCAAGCCCUUGCAGAUCACCACGGCCAAAGAUUGGUACUACCCAUUGGGAAAUCCGAACUCAGACUUUUGAAUAGAUUUUUGCCAGAGAAAGAUCCACAAGAUCAUGAAGAUGGGUUGUUCUGGACCAUCGCCAGCUUCUACGAUUCCGUUCACGUGCCUCCCGUCGACAUGGAGAUCCCCCCUCAAAUACAGGAGAGUCUACCUGACAGCAGAUUAUAUCCGUUCCAGCAGCGGGCCGUACAUUGGUUGCUUCGAAGAGAAGGAGUCGAGUACCCUGUUACUGGAGGACCGCUCCGUGCAAUCCACGAGGAAACACCGCUGGGUCCCUUAACCUUCCGCCCUGUUGAGGAUGUUGACGGACGGAGGGCAUAUGUCAACAACCUUAUUGGUCUCAUUUCUUCCAAUCCCAGCACGGCAAACGGCGCAUCGUCUACUCUAAGGGGCGGCAUACUUGCAGAGGAAAUGGGCCUGGGCAAGACUGUCGAAAUCAUUGCACUGAUACGCCAGCACAAACGAAAAAUCAUCCAAGAAAGUGUAUACGACGCAUAUACCGGAGCAUACGUCAAGGCAUCCGGCGCCACCCUCAUCAUAUGCCCACCGUCUCUCCUCGAGCAAUGGAAGAAUGAGGUAGCUGCUCAUGCUCCUGAUUUGAGACUCAUGCAUUACGAAGGGAUAUUCUUGUCAUCACAGAGGAAGCUGUCAGAGGCUACAGUAGAAAACCUCAUACAGUACGACGUUGUCUUAACAACAUAUACUGUCCUUUCCCGCGAGAUCCACUACGCACGACCUCCUCCUGAUCGUACUCUACGUCAUCGGAAGCUACACGAAGCGCGAAGAAGUCCUCUUACUCAGAUCUCGUGGUGGAGAGUGUGCCUCGAUGAGGCGCAAAUGGUUGAAAAAGAUGUCAGCCAAGCUGCAACCGUUGCACGAAUCAUCCCCAGGUGCAAUGCAUGGGCUGUAAGUGGCACACCGCUUCGGCAACAAUUGUCAGAUCUACGCGGGCUUUUGACAUUUCUUCGCUAUGAGCCGUUCGCCAGCAACCAUUCUAUCUGGGACAGGUUGGAUAAGUCCACCUUCUACGCUAUCUUUAGUCAGAUUGCGCUUCGGCAUACAAAGGACAAAGUACGCGAAGAGCUUCGUUUACCGCCGCAGAAGCGCAUUGUAAUCACGGUACCAUUCACUGCCAUCGAAGAGCAGAAUUACUCAGAGAUGGUGCGUCAAAUGUGUGAGGCGUGCGGCUUCACGUCCGAAGGCGUUCCGAUUGAAGGCCGUAAAGUGGAUGAUAAAGAGGUGCUCGAGCGGAUGCGCGAGUGGUUGAUGAGACUGCGCCAGACGUGCCUGCAUGCGCAAGUUGGGCGGAGGAAUCGAAGAGCGCUUGGGGCUCGGAACGGGCCCCUCCGGACCGUCGAUGAAGUUUUGGAGGUCAUGAUCGAUCAGAACGACACACUGAAGAAAGCUGAGGCCCGAGAAUUUGUUCUGGCACUACUUCGUCAGGGCCUUAUUGUGGGUAACGCGGGUGACGACGAGAAGCGGAGUGUAGCCGCCCUGGAAUAUCAUCAAAUCGCCUUGGAGCAAGCUCAGAAAUGGGUUAAGCUCUGCCGCGAGGAGAUUGCGGAGGAGAAGAGGCGGCUGGGUACGGCGACAGUCGAAGAAUCUGACUUGAGCGACGAUGAGGCUGAAGGAGGGAGUCUUGGUCGCGUUUCCGCCUUGCGCAAAUCCCUGCGGACGUUCCUCUUAUUGGAACACGCCUGCAAGUUCUUCAUCGGAUCCGCAUACUAUCAGAUCAAGUCAAAUGAGAACUUGACCAAACCCGACUCAGAGGACUUUCACCGCCUGGAAAAGCUGGAAGCCGAGUCUUAUGACGAAGCAAAGGCAAUCCGAAGGGAGUUGUUGAGGGAAACUCAAGCUCGGGCGCAGCUGCAGAUGAAGAAGAUCAGGGCGAAAGAACCGUUUUAUCGUUUGCCGCAAAUUCCCGACAUACCGGACCAGGGUGGAAUCGAGGGUCAGAAGAUUCUGCAUAUGAUGGAUAUCAUAUGCGACCUUCUCAAUGCGCAGGCAAGACAGCUUGAAAAGUGGCGUCGGAAGAUUGUCGACAUCCUUUUGCUUCCCCUUGUAGACGAGGAUGAGGGGCUUGAAACGACUGGAGAAGAAUACGAGAACAGCACCAAAGUGCAGGAUGAGCUCUACGUCUAUAUCAUGGCCCUCCGCACUCUAGUCGCAGACAGAAGUGCGUUGGUGACAGGACUGCAUGAUCCUCUUGUCAACCAUGAGAUAAAGCAGGCUGAGGUACAAGCGCUCCGAAAGGAAGGCGAUAGAGGGCACGCGCCGGAAUUGCUCCUUCAGAUUGUCGACACUCGUAGAAAGCUCAAGCCAACGGAGGGUAGUGGGUCGUUGAAAGGGGUCGUGUCGGCGGCAAGGUCCCUUCUCACCUCUCUGCAAUGGAAAGCAGACACGGGCGACGAGAGAGCUGUUUUCGAAGCCGCUAUUGUGCAAAAGCAGCUACAUGAGAUGCAGAAAAUAGCCGCUGACGAAGCCAAAGCGAUCACCGAAUUGGAGAAGGAGCAAGAUCUGUUCCGCGGCGCGAUGAACCAACGUUUGGAAUUCUACCGCCAGCUUCAAUACAUCUCUGAUACUGUCGCUCCAUGGAGGGAGGAACUGGAUCCCACACGCGAUGAAGCGGCUUUCCUCGAGCAGCAAAGGCUAGCAGAAAAGCACAAGAAGCGUCUGGCGGACUACAGCGCGAAACACAACUAUCUCACUCACCUUCGUGCCAUGAACGACAAUCCCGGCGCCGUGCACGAGUGCACCAUCUGCAAAGAGGAAUUCGAGAUUGGGGUUCUGACGACAUGUGGACACGAGUUCUGUAAGGAAUGCAUCAAGAUCUGGUGGCAUGCGCAUCGCACAUGCCCGGUGUGCAAGGUCCGACUACAUACGCGUGACUUCACGGAUAUCGCCUUCAAGGCUUCUGUCAUUGAGGCUCAAGAGGAAAACCACGGCUCAGGGAGCUCAUCUGCAGCGUCGACGCCAUCCGGCUCCACAACAUCGAUCUACUCCGGUAUGAGUGAAUCUACUAUGAAGGAGAUAAAGAUGGUGGAUCUGGAUGGUUCCUAUGGGACAAAGAUCGAUACGCUAGCCAGACAUUUGCUUUGGAUCCGAAAUAAUGACCCAGGGGCGAAGUCCAUCAUCUUCUCCCAGUUUGGCGACUUUCUGGAAGUUCUUCGAGACGCGCUGAAGCGAUGGAUGAUUGGCUGUACGAGUAUCCGUGACAGGAACGGUAUUUCCGCGUUUCGAUCCGAUCCUGCUGUUGAGUGCUUCCUCCUCGACGCGAAAUCCGACUCUUCAGGUCUAACGCUAGUCAAUGCGACGUACGUGUUCCUAUGUGAACCGCUCAUCAACCCUGCGAUCGAGUUGCAGGCGAUUGCUCGCGUUCACCGCAUUGGUCAAAAGCGUCAAACGACGGUGUUCAUGUAUCUCGUCAAGGAUACGGUCGAAGAGGCCAUCUACGAUAUCUCAGUAGCACGGCGACUGGAGCACAUGGCGGGAGCUUCCAAGCCGGGGUCCGGGACGAGCACGCCUGCGGCGGCUUUGCAAGAGAAGAUGCUCGACGCAGCGAACUCAAUGGAGCUGGAGACGGCGCCUCUCAAAUCGUUACUGGGGAAGAAAGGAGAUGGAGAAGUGGUGCAGACGGAUGACCUCUGGAAGUGUCUCUUUGGAAAGCCACGGACCAAUAGGGGUGUGCUGGACCAGGAGGUUGGCCGCCACCUACGGGCAGAGGCUGCAGAGAGUCGAAUCGCUCAGGCAGAGAGGUAG